AUGAAGCGUUCCGUCAGCCCCCAGACAGUUCAAGAUCUGUCUGGAGCGCCUGUAUCGAAAAAGCGGAGGUUUUUGGGCGUCGUCACGUCUUUAGCCUCCCGCUUGUUUUCCAAACAAGAAUCAUCGCAAUCAAACGAACCCAUUUUCGCCAAUGAGGCCGAUGAUGCACCCGAACUGCUUCCCACUGAUUUUGUCUCGAAAAAAAGAAGACUGUCAGUGCAUGAAUCUUUGAAAGCGGCUAACGAGGCCGUCCCUAGAAUGUCUACGCAGCUUCCUUGCGUGAAAGGCUACCUGGGGCUUACUCAGACUUUACAGACGCAAAAUGAUGUUUUCAACGUGGCCAGUGAGCAUGAGAGACGAGAGUCUAUUUUGCCUCCCAAUGUGCCAGACUAUGUGGCUAAUGGUGACGACGAAUCUGCAUUUCUCAAGGACUUAUCUCCAAAUUUGAAUAGCAUUCCCAGAAAGAGUUUGCUACCGACGAUGGAGCGGGAUUUGGAUUACAACAACUCUGACGAGAUGGAGGAUGAGCCCAAUGGAGGCGCUUUGGUGGCACAACCAGAGUUUGCUCCCAUGUACCAAGACGAAGAGGGUAAUUUGAUUAGACCUCCAUUCAUCAACUUGGACCCAAACGAAAGGUAUCAUUUGUUGCAGCUCAAGCGGUCCGUAGAAAUGUCAGAAUAUUUACAGAGCCGUUUAAAAUACAUGGUGAACCCAGAUGAGACAAGAAGCGUGUCGGUUGGUGGAACUAAGGUAGACACUACUACCCAGACUCAAAACGUGGAUACCCUUGAGCGUACUAUGAGUUUCAACAGUCUACGCAAUAAAAUGGCAAAUGCUAAGAAACAGCGCCGGCAGCGAAAAACACGUGGAUUUUUUUCUGGUGAAUUUUACUAUGAACCACAGGCUCCUAAGAAAACUGCAAAAGCUCUGACGGCUGCCGGUGCUGACUUGAAUGGAUAUCUAGGCGAAAUUCAAAAACCUCAAUUUUCCAAGCCUAAGCAAGAUAAGCCUGUUUCGCUAUUUCCAGAUCAGGAGACAUCUCCAAAGAUUGGCUUGGAAAAACACCAUCGCACAGGUCUAGAUAGCAUAUUGAAGAAUGGGAAGGAUGAGAAGCCUGUUUUGGAUCAAGAUUACUUGGACAAGACCGAAAGCAUAAUCAAAAUGAAGGAAACAAGGAGCAAGGCUCCCAAGGAGUCAUCCAUUGGACCCAGCAGUGGGUUCAACCUUGAAAUAAAUAAGGACAAGCUUGGAUCUAUUUUGCAGACUCGGAAAGAAGAUGACAAACGUGUCGAGAAAGCAAACGAAGCUGAUUCAGGAAAUGCUGAGGAAGAAGGGAAGCGUGCUCUUUUCGGUCUUCCGACAUCUUCAGGCGAAUCAGAAUCUAAGCGAAAAAGAGUCAUUGACUAUGAUGCAUCAGAAGCAAAGAAGCCUCCUUUUAUGUUCAACCCUUCUGCUUCUAAGAAUAAUGAUGAAAAAGCUGAAGAAAAGAAGCCUGCAUUUCUGUUUGGUAAAUCCGAGACUCAGCCGCUCAGCUUCAACCUCUCGAAAUCAGGUACCUCGGAUGACAAAUCGGUCGUACCGUCUAAACCAGCGUUCUCGUUUGGUGAGUCUCAGACGAAGCUUGACAGCAAAGAGGAUGACAAAAAGGAUGAGAAUAACGGUGAGGAACCCCCCAAAUUCUCGUUUGGCGGUUCUAGUUCCGGACCGCUAUUCGGUGGCUCUAAGAGGUUGCGCGAUGAAGAUGAGCAGAAGUCAUCAGACAAGGGCGCCGAUACCCCUAAGUUUUCAUUUGGAUCUAAUGCCAAACUGAGCUCGUUCAAGUCCCCCACCACUGUGGCCAGAUCUUCCGAGGGUGAAGAUGAAAAAGAUGGUUCUAAGUCACAUUUUGGUCCCCCCAAACAAUCUAAUCCGGAUGUACCUACGGAGCAAACGCCAUCCACUGAAGACUCAGAUAGUAAAAAGGAAGCCGCAACUGCGUUCAGCUUUGGCAAAAGCACUGAGAAGGAUGGUUCGAAACCGGCAGUUUCAUUCAGUGGCUCCUCAGAGAAGAAGGACACGACCCCGGCAUUUUCCUUUGGGGGCCAAGCAGAGAAAAAGGAAACCGCCCCACUGUUUAGCUUUGGUGGAACUGCUGAAAAGAAGGGCACGACUCCAGCAUUUUCAUUUGGCUCGUCUGAGAAGAAGGAAACCACCCCUAUGUUCAGCUUUGGUGGAACUGCUGAAAAGAAGGACGUGACUCCAGCAUUUGCAUUUGGCGAUUCUUCAGAGGAAAAGAAAGCCACCCCACUGUUCAGCUUUGGCGGCUCUUCUGAAAAGAAAGUCGCUCCAGCUUUCAACUUUGGCUCUACGGAAUCCAAAGCAUCAACUCCCAAUGAGUCCUCAGACACGAAGAGAGACGGCACGUCUGAUAAUGCACUGGAAAAGGUGGAGAAUGCUACACCUUCCUUUUCAUUUACACCAAAUAAGAAUUCCGAAAAACCAAAUCUUUUUGGUGGUGAGAAAAAAGAUACGCCUAAGUUUGACUUCAAGGCUUCUAGCACAACCCCAAAGUUCUCAUUCGAUAAGCCUAAAUCGGAGGAGCCAAAAGAGUCAAAUGACGCCCCAAAGUUCAAUUUUGGUGGCACGAAGUCUGUGUCACCAUCUUUCAAUUUCGGUGCUUCUUCCUCCAAAGAGCCAUUGGGGGACUCGAAGCCCUUAUCAAUGUCGGGAAAGGAAACUACGCCUGCCUUCUCAGUGUCAUCCAAGGAAACCACGCCAAAACCAUUCCAGUUCGGUCAAGCUGGCGCAAAGCCCACGUUUAACUUUGGCAACACUCAGAUGCCUUCCAUGCAAACACCGGCAUUCGGUGGCGACCCGAAAAACACAUCUGCAUCCACAUUUUCAUUUGGCAAACCCGAAACGCCUCUGAUCCCCAACCAGGCCGGCACUGGAAAUGCAUCUGAACAAAAACCUGCAUUCUCGUUUGGUCAGGCUGCUACGGUGGACCCAGCGCUGAUAUUUGGUGCUAGUAGUGACUCUAACACGCCGGCUCCCAAGCCGGCCACAGCGUUCGGUGGCCCUUCUAACACGGCAUCACCAUUUAAUUUUGGAGCUACGCAACAGCCAGUCUUCGGAGGCACUACGGGAGUUUUCGGCGGGCCCAAUCCAAACGCCCCAGCGGCUCCAGCAUUCAACUUUGGAUCGAACAUGGCCGCACCUCAACCUACUCAAAGUCCGUUUGGUCAGGCGAAUACUUCCAGUGUUUUUGGUUCCAGAGGUUCUACACCAGGAGCUGCUACAAUGCCCGGUCAACCAGGCGGGGCCGUGGCAAAUCCAGCGUCGAUUUUCGGAGGUAAUACGAAUCAGCCUCAACAAGGUUUCGGAGCCGGAGCUGCUCAAUUCAAUAGUGCCCCAGGCAGCCUCGGAACGGGCAGUAGAGAAAAUACCCCACCGGUGUUUGGAACUGGUGCCCCUGGCGCCCCUGGCGCCCCUGGCGCUUUCGGAGCCGGUCAGCUGUUCACCCCUCCUAUGGCAGUUCAGGGCCGUCGUAUCGCUCAGAUGCGCCGUCCAAGAAGAAGAUAA